AAUUAAAUUUCACUUGGCAUGACAGUAAGGUGCAUGUCCUCACCCCAUCUCUGUUUGGAAUCCACUGCUUUUACCUACGUUUUAGUAGUUUCCUCAGCGCGCAUCACUUCAGUCUCGUGCUUCACCCGGCACGGCAGUGCAGGCUACACGCGCCACACAACUGUCACUGUGUAAAAGCAGGAGAUUUUGAUAUCCUCCAGCAUCCAACAUCCUGCAGAAUUCUCUAACCGGAGAGAUGUCUCUGCCGAAUUGGACAAGGAGCUUCAGGUUUACGUUGUCCCUGAUCUUCUUGGUCUACUCUAUCGCUGAAACACGGGCCGUGACGUGCACCUCCGCGCAGUUCCAGUGUGGGAACGGAAAGUGCAUCACCUCGCGAUGGGUGUGCGACGGAUCGGACGACUGCGGCGACAGAACUGACGAGCUGGAAGCCACCUGCCAGAACAAGACGUGCAUGCCGAGCCAGUUCAGCUGCGGAGGACGUCUCAACCAGUGCGUGCCGUCCAAGUGGCAGUGCGACGGCAAGGCCGACUGCGAGAACGGCGCGGACGAGGAGGGAUGUGUCCCGAGGACGUGCUCUAACGACGAGUUCCGCUGCGCCAGCGGUCAGUGCGUGGCGGUGGCGUUCGUGUGCGACGAGGAGGCCGACUGCGAGGACGGCAGCGACGAGGCCUCGUGCCCGGCGCCCACCUGCCGCCCGGGCUCCUUCCAGUGCAACAACUCGGUGUGCGUGCCGCGCCUGUGGGCCUGCGACGGCGACGCCGACUGCGCCGACGGCUCGGACGAGUGGCCGCAGAACUGCGUGGGCCGCCCCCCCGUGCCCACCCGGCCGCCCUGCUCCCCGCAGGAGUUCCGCUGUGGCAGCGGCGAGUGCGUGCACGGCAGGUGGAGGUGCGACGGCGGCGCGGACUGCCUGGACUCAUCGGACGAGGCCAACUGCACACACGUGACCUGCUCGCCAGAUGAGUUCCAGUGCAACGACGGCACGUGUAUCCACGGCAGCCUCCAGUGCGACGGAGCGUACAACUGCACAGACCUGAGCGACGAGAUGGGCUGUCUGACCAGGGCUGCUUGCGAAGGCCCAGACAAGUUCAGGUGUCGCACCGGGGAGUGCAUCAGCAUGGACAAGGUGUGUGACGCUAACCGCGACUGCAGGGACUGGUCCGACGAGCCUCUCAAGGAGUGUGAUAACAAUGAGUGUCUGACCAACAACGGAGGCUGCUCCCACACCUGCAACGACCUGAAGGUGGGCCGCGAGUGCCUGUGCCCCACCGGGUUCCAUCUGGUCGACAACACUAAAUGCGAAGACGUCAACGAGUGCGACAACCCGGACACCUGCACCCAGAGGUGCAUCAACACCGAGGGCAGCUACAAGUGCGACUGCUACGAGGGCUACGAAAUGGACUCCGCCACCAAAGAGUGCAAGGCAAUCUCAGGCAGCACGCCCUACCUGUUCUUCACCAACCAUCACGAGGUCAGGAAGCUGUCGCUGGACAAGCACGAGUACACCAGUCUGAUCUCCAGCCAGAAGAACGUGGUGGCCCUGGACAUGGACAUGCCCAACAAGAAGAUCUUCUGGUCGGACCUGGGCCAGAAGAAGAUCUACAGCGCUCUGAUGGACUCGGCUGGAAACCCCUCCCAGCACAGCACGGUCAUCGACAGUGACCUCCAGGCGGCCGAGGGGCUGGCCAUCGACUGGAUCCACGGCAACAUCUACUGGACCGACAGCGAGUACGGCACCAUCUCCGUGGCGACCACCAGCGGCACCAAGAGGAAGACGCUGAUCCGAGACGACUUGAAGAAGCCCCGCGCCAUCGUGGUCGACCCGGCAACCAACUUCAUGUACUGGACCGACUGGGGAAAUCCUGCCAAGAUCGAGAAGAGUGGUCUCAAUGGAGCCGGCCGCGUCGCCCUGGUUACGGACAACAUCCUCUGGCCCAAUGGCCUGACUCUGGAUAUGGUGAGCCAGAGGUUGUACUGGGUCGACUCAAAGAUGCACACGCUGUCCAGCAUCAGUGUCCAGGGAGCCGGACGCCACACGCUCAUUUUCAACGCCGAGAAGCUGGCCCAUCCCCUGUCCCUCGCCGUCUACGAGGAAAAGGUGUUCUGGACGGAUGUGAUCAACAAAAAUAUCAUGAGUGCCAAUCGGCUGACAGGAAAUGACAUCACCGAGGUGGCAAAGGGUCUCCACUCUCCAGAGGAUAUUAUGCUGUACCACAACCUCAAGCAGCCUGCUGGCAAGAACUGGUGCACAGAGGGCAACCUGGUGAACGGCGGCUGUGAGUUCCUGUGUCUGCCGGCCCCACACAUCAGCGAGCACUCCCCCAAGUACACCUGCGCCUGUCCCGAUCACAUGGGGCUCGCCCCAGACAUGAGGAAGUGUGUAGCGGCACCCGAGCCCAAGCGCAAGCCCAAGACCACCAAAGCGCCGAUCCCCGAAGAAGCCAAGCCUACCGACGAGAUGCCCCCGAAGCAGCCCGUCGACACCACCCUGGUGCCCAAACCAGCCGCGCCCACCCCCGCCACCACCACGACGUCCGUGCCACGCAAACUGCCCCUGAACCCAGAGACCAACGAGGUGGAGGGAACAGGCACCAAGACUGAGAUCGCUGAAGAAGGCACCAAUAAUGGAUACGUUGCUGUUGCCAGCACUGGCAAAUCCUCCACCACGGCUUUGUACAUUGUGAUCCCAAUAGUGGCCAUGUGUCUGGUGGUGUUUGGCGGGGUGCUGGUCUGGAGACACUGGAGACUGAGGAACACCAACACCAUUCACUUUGACAACCCCGUGUACCAGAAGACCACGGAGGACGAGGUGCACAUCUGCAGGAAGAACAGCCAGGACGGAUACAUCUACCCCUCGCGGCAGAUGGUGAGCCUGGAUGAAGACUUCGCCUGAUGCCUGCACCAUUGGAAGGCUCACGUGUGAAGGAAAACAAAGUCCACUGACAAUUGCUGCUUAAUGUUACAUCACUUUAAUCUCUCUCUUCACUCUUGUGGAGAGGGGCAUGACCUCAUCACUGUGGUGCCCUCUGUCCAGUCCAAACCCAGACCUUCCAAAAGAAAUCCCUGAUUGGGGCCAGUGUGAGCUUUAUUUUCUUGUUGUUUUCUUGUUGUUGUUUUCUUGAUGUUGUUUUGUUUUUACAUUACCUGAUGGAAAGAUCUGAGGUCUCAGAUUUCCUAUGAAGGACCGAUGCUCAGACGUAUAAAACGAUUUACGGAAUAGUUUUAAUGGAACGCUUUGAGCGAAAAAUGGUAAAGAUUGUUAGAACAUAGAGCUGGAAUUAUUGUGUACAAUGGGGUGACUUCGUCACACGCUGAGAGAAUUCUAGAUCAAAGAAUGUUACUUUUUGUUCGUUCAUCGCUAUCUUUUGCUCCUGAAGUUACAUUACACUUGAGAGGUCUAUGAAGGAGCAUGACUUGCACUAUAGAAAUGUCUCUUUUUCCGUCAAGCAAACCGAUUGUGAAAGAUCUUUUAUAGUCAGCGAAGGCUUUUUAUUUGAAUUGUUAUUGAAGAAAUGGAGGUGGAUGAAGUCAGUACUUAUUAAAUGAUAUUAGUGUAGGCGCACCUUUGCACUUCAAGCCCCUUAACCUGUCGUAAGGUACAGGUUUAGAAACUCACAAGCCUUAAGAACUCCCUUUACUCGGUCACUCCCCUGAUAAGAGCAGUCGGUGAUGGUCAGUGAUGUCCGCAGCACAUGGUUGUCUCCGUGCCUUGCUUCCGUAGUCCAGCAUUUGCUUUCCAGUGUGACAUCACAUGAGGUUGACCAUCACCUCUUGUUCCUACCCUUGUGCGAAUGAAUCCAAACACCUUCUCAGCAAUCUGACAACGGAGGAUUGGAUUGAUUUCUGUUCUUUUGUCGUUUUUAAAGCUUCGCUUGUCUUGUUGUGAGGGUCAUUGUCACAUUCCAGGACACAUUGUGUUCAGGCAUGAUUUGCCGCUUGCCUCUCACAAUUUCCCUAGUGUUUCUGCCCAAGUGGACUCUGUCUCUCGUGACCACAAUCUCCCUAGUGUUUUCGGCAAAUUGGACUGUGUCUCUUUCGUCACGUUUUUGUUUUGUUUUUUGUUUUGUUUUGUUUUGUUUUUUUGCUCCAGUUCAUUUGCACAAGGGUGCGUCUCACCUGACCGCUGCCGCCCCUCCCUCAGGUGUGUGUAGUAGUGAGUGUGUAGCUCUGCUUCGACACACUCAGGUUUACUCGUUCCAGGUAUGUUGUUGAGCAGGGCCAGUUUCACACUCUUGUUCGGAGACUGCCCGAUGCCGUGGGCCAGCAUUCCCUUUUUCCCCUCGUUGUGACGUGCGUCAGUGACGACAACAGUCCAUUUUAUUCCUCAGCGGGGCUUGGCGAUCCAUUCCGUAACAUGUAGAUUAUAUUCUAUGCUAUAUACAAAUGAGCGCCUGAUAAUCUCAUGACAUGAAUCAUGCCAUGUUGAGACUAUGUAAAGUAUAUGUAAAAAGAUGUAAGUAUGUACAUAAUUUGUUGGUCCCCAUUUUAGUGUGGUGGUACUUUGAUGUGUGUUGUGUUUAAACCUCAAAUACUGUACAUAAGAUAAUUUGGGUUAUUUAUUGUUCUAUACGACCAUGUUGAUUUUUUUUUUUUCUAUUUCAUUAUUUCAUGAAGAUUUUUGUGUUUUAAUUUGUGGUGUGUGAAUGGAAAAAAACCCAUACAAGUCCAUUACCAUUCAGUGAAGACAAGCCAUCAUAACAUAUUUACUUUAUGUCCACUGCAGUCUGAUUGCAGCCAGUAGAAUGUACAUGAUAGUAACGCACACAGGAUUGUGAGCGCAAGCUCAGAGUCUUUUAGUUGCCUUUUCUACAAGCUAAUGGUGGCUCACGCUGUGUCUUAGUGGAUGCCUUAAAGCCACAUAUAGUGAUAGGUGGCAGAUAGGGGAACGCUGCAAUGUAUCCCCUGACCCUCACAAGGAUGGUAUGCAUGAAGCUUGCUGUGUGGUGUGAUAGACGUGUGUGUGUGUGUGUGUGUGGUCAGGGACAGGCGCAGGCGCAGGGUGUUAACUGUCUGCACACUGUCUCUCUGUGUGUGUGUGUGUGUGUGUGUGUGUGUGUGUGUGUGUGUGUGUGUGUGUGUGUGUGUGUGUGUGUGUGUGUGUGUGUGUGUGUGUGUGUGUGUGUGUGUGUGUGUGUGUGUGUGUGUGUGUGUGUGUGUGUGUGUGUGUGUGUGUGUGUGUGUGUGUGUGUGUGUGUGUGUGUGUGUGUUUGGUGUGUGCAUGUGUGCGUGCGCCACACGUGAUGUCUGCUGCCAUGUCACUGCACACACAGCUCUGUUUGAUCAUGGUCCGGUUCCAAUGAAGGAAUUUUAACAUAUAAAGUUGAAAGUGAAGGAGUAUCCGGUUCACUUUGAUUGUUUGUUUGUACGAUUGUUUGUUUUGUUAAAAUGAAGAAUAAAUCAUGAAAAUUAA